AUGGCGCUUGGAGGCGGACCGGGCGGCGGUUCCCCUCUUCUCGUUUCUGCCGCGGACAUCCUCGCAGCCGCCGUGGAGAAAAGACGGCAGGACCAGCUAGCGGCGAGUGCUGCGUGGACAGCAGACGGCGAACCGCCCGCUGCUCCCACGUCAUCUGAACCGGCGUCUUCUAGAAGUGAAUCGGCUGAUGGGGGCUGCGACACACAGUCCGUCCCCCCACCCAACGCAGUGCAUCUGCAUGUGUACGAUCUCGACCCUACAAUCAGCAAAUACAUGAACAAAGUUAUGCGGCCUCUCGGCGCAGGGGCUUUCCACGCAGGAGUUGAGGUGUACGGGAUUGAGUACUGCUACGGACAAACGCACGACAAAUCUCCAGGUAUCACAGUGAAUCGCCCUCGUCGGCACCCGGCCCACAUCUACCGAGAAACAAUCUAUAUGGGAGAGACGGCUCUGGCACACGAAGAGUUUGUGGCUCUCAUUGAAGCCCUGAAGGAUGAAUGGCCCGGCGAAAAAUACAACAUCUUGACGAGGAACUGUCUGAACUUUGCAGAUCAGCUAUGUCUCCUUCUCGGAGUGGGGUGUCUCCCCCCGUGGCUUCUGCGCCUUCAACAGCAGGCCUCGAGUCUGCAGGAGAGCAUGCAGUACGCGGCGCGGAGACUCCAGCAAAUCGAUGAGACCACAGGCCUCUCUGCUGUGGCGUCGGCGGCAGCCACCGCAGCCGCAGCUGCUGCGCGGGCCUUUGGCGGUUUUCUGCGGCCUUCCUUGGAAUCCCAGGAAGGGCGAAGCGUCUCCUCUCGUCUCGAUCGCGCCCUAACCUCGGGGAUCAGUCUGCUGUCAGGCGGUUUAGGCGCUUUCGCAGACGGCGUGGCUGUAGGUCUCGCUGGCCUGAUGGACGACGAUGAUGCCGACGUUCCGUAUCCUGAUCCUAGCUACGUUUCUACCUUGCACUGUUCUCUCCCUGAAGCGUCUCUCCAAGAGUCUCCUCAACCCUCUACCCUCCCUCCUUCCACAUCUUCUCCGUUGUCUUCCUCUCCUGCUCGUUCUCUCUCUGCGUCUGCCGCUGCGUCUGGUGCUUCUGCCGGGGAGCGACAGGUGCAGUCUCCUGACAACAAUGGCAAGCUGUUUUACCUCUACGACGAAGCGGAUCUUUCUCCUUCGCAGCUUCUAGAGGAAGAAAACAAUAAUAUUCUGCCUGACCACGUGGUGGAGUCCUCUGUGUACUCUCUUUCGCUUACACCUGGAGCUGGAGACAGUGGCGCGGCAUAG